AGGCUGGGGUGUCCGCCUGUCCUGGGCCGAAUGCUCUUCCAGUGACGCUGUGGAUUGCAGUUUCUGCGGCUUUCCAGAAAGAGAGGGCUCCAGCGGGAACCGGAGCGGACAAUGGGGGGAAGCUGCGCGCAGAGGCGCGGGGCCGGCCCGCGGCAGGUACCAUUUCCCUUGCUGCUGCUUUUGUUCUGCCCCGCGCUCUGCGAGCCCAUCCGCUACUCCAUUCCCGAGGAGCUGGCCAAGGGCUCGGUGGUGGGGAAGCUCGCCCGGGAUCUAGGGCUCAGCGUCCUGGAUGCGUCUGCCCGGAAGCUGCGGGUUAGCGCGGAGAAGCUGCACUUCAGCGUAGACGCGGAGAGCGGGGACUUGCUUGUGAAGGACCGAAUAGACCGGGAGCAGAUCUGCAAAGAGCGGAGGAGCUGUGAGCUGCAACUGGAAGCUGUGGUGGAAAAUCCUCUGAAUAUUUUUCACGUCGUUGUGGUGAUUGAGGAUGUGAAUGACCACGCCCCUCAAUUCGAUAAAAAGGACAUACAUUUAGAACUUUUUGAAUCUGCAUCCACUGGUGCACGAAUAUCCCUUGACCCUGCCACGGAUCCCGAUAUAAACUUAAACUCAAUUACAGAUUACAAGAUAAACCCUAAUCCUUAUUUUUCGUUAAUGGUCAGAGUUAAUUCCGAUGGUGGCAAAUACCCAGAAUUGUCUCUGGAGAAACUCCUGGACCGGGAAGAGCAGAGAUCUUAUCGCUUGAUAUUGACUGCCUUGGACGGAGGGGACCCGCCAAGAAGUGCCACCGCUCAUAUAGAAAUUUCUGUCAAGGACACCAACGAUAACCCCCCGGUGUUCAGCAAGGACGAAUAUAGAAUUAGCCUUAGUGAAAAUCUGCCCCCUGGUUCCCCCGUGCUGCAAGUGACAGCCACGGAUCAGGACGAAGGGGUCAAUGCCGAGAUAAGCUACUACUUCCGGAGCACUGCCCAGAGCACAAGGGACAUGUUCUCACUGGACGAGAAAACCGGUGUGAUUAGGAAUAACCGGUCAUUGGAUUUUGAAGAUGUAGAAAGAUACACCAUGGAAGUGGAAGCAAAGGAUGGAGGUGGUCUCUCUACCCAGUGUAAAGUAACCAUAGAAAUAGUCGAUGAAAACGACAACAGCCCAGAAAUAAUCAUCACUUCUCUCUCUGAUAAAAUUUUGGAGGACUCGCCCCCGGGAAUGGUUGUUGCCCUCUUCAAAACACGGGACCGGGAUUCUGGGGGAAAUGGAGAAGUCACGUGCAAUAUAGAAAGAGAUGUACCAUUCAAGAUUCAUUCUUCUUCUAAUAACUACUACAAGCUGGUGACAGACAGCGUCCUGGACCGGGAGGAGAUACCGGAGUACAACGUCACCAUCACAGCCACAGACCGGGGCAAGCCGCCCCUCUCCUCCAGCAUAAGCGUCACCCUGCACAUCUCCGACGUCAAUGAUCAUGCCCCAGUUUUCCACCAGGUCUCCUACGUGGUCCACGUGCCAGAAAACAACCCACCUGGCGCCUCCAUCGCGCAGGUCAGCGCCUCGGACCCGGACUUGGCCUACGGCCAAGUCUCCUACUCGAUCGUGGCCAGCGAC